ACCAACCUCAGCAUUGCACCCAGGCUCUAGGGUUCCACUCAGUUGUUCUCCUGGGCCGCCUGUGUGGAUGCCUGACAGGUGAGUUCCGUGACCUGACAGAGGACGCCUGGACACAGAAACCUGCAGUGAAGAGCCUGAGACCUGCUUUGCCACACUGGCUCAGUCCCCCAGUGGUGGCUCUCUACAACCUGCUGCUGGGCAACUGUGCUGUGGAGACAGUGUCCCAUCCUUCCCCUGAUAUGUUUAGAAGCCUUCACUCAGUUCACAGUCUCCGCCUUCCAGAGGGAGGGACUACAGCCAUCUGCAGGGUACCACGAGGCAGUCGCUGGAGUUGACAGCCAAGGUGCCUGGCAUUUUUUUGAAUCUGUGAGCGGGUCCUCUGGAGCGCAGCACUGAAUCCUCAUCGAUUCUCUUCGCAGCUUGAUUACACCUGCUGCUCAGGGUAUGGCAAAGAAUGCAGCCGCUGAGCAAAAUCUUUCCACACUGGCUCUGUGGCCUUUCGUUCUACUGUGCUGUCUGUGGUCCUUGCUGUCUUCAGAGGCUGCUGCUGUUUGCUGUGUCUUCACAGUUGGCAGGUCAGGGUCUGGACCAUGGAGUUACAAUCAGUCAGUACAAGGCCAACCAGAAGGGACUUUUCUUCUCUACAAGGGCAAGAAGUGUCAUGCCAUUGAUGUUCCAAGAAACAGACCAAAUAACAUGACAGUCUGCGAAAAACUGGUUAACACUUUGAAAGAUGAAGAUUACCUUUUCAAAGAUGUGCUGUAUCACGUAAGGCAGGAGGAGAAAAUAACCAAAGAGCCCCUCAUUCUGCAGGCCAAGAUAUGUUGCUGGAAUGAAGGAGAUGGACGUUUCAACAGAUCCUGGGACUUGAGCCUCAAUGGACCUAAAACAUUCCAUAUUGACUCAAAUACUAACAAGGGGCCUGAAAUGGAUUCUAGAUGCAACUGGACAGAAGAGAUGGCAGAGAAAAUCAAGAAAGUAAAUGACCUCUUAAACAGGACCUCACAGGGCGAAUGCAGAAGCUGGGUUAGGAAGUCCAAGUUGCACUGUGAAGAAAAUUUGGAGCCUACAGCCUUACCGCGAACUACCCCUGGUGUGGACCAGCAUUCUUCCUUGGCCACCAAGCCCAACUUCUUUGUCCUGCUGAUACUCCUCCCUUCCAUUUUUAUGUGUCUUCUGAGAAUCCUCCACAAUCACAGGUUGGAGAUGCUCCAGAGAACAUGAGGAGAAUUCAUCCGGUUCAGCCACUUUUCCUCAGCCCUUUUCUCCCUUCUCCUCUGCAUCAACCAGAGGAAUCGUCAUGUUCCUGGCAUAACAUUUCAUGUUCUUUCUACUCUGUGGUAGUUUGGGCCCUUUCUUAUCACCUGGUACUCCUCUUGGUGCUCCCUGGUGGGAAUUUGCAGUUAAUAUAGACCUACUUGAAGUUGUUAUGUAUCCUUACAAGCACAGAAACGGGAUAACCAGAGCUCCUUAGCGGGAAGGUGAGGUUUUUACUCCUGUGUAUAUAACUUGUCAGUAUCUAUGUCAGUGUGAGACACACUAGUAGGAGCCUGUACGAAGCAGCUUCUCUUCUUUCUUGGAAAGAAGAACUAUAUCUGCCAUUGUCAUAUGGCUACACAUGUCAGGAGAGAACUAUUUUAUAAAAGUGAUAUUUUAAUAGUAUUACUAUUGUGAGAUUAGUUUGUGUGACACGCACCAGGCAGUCUGUCAAGGGCUGCAAACGCAGGUGCAGAGCAGAGAACUCGGGAGCUGCUCAGUGCAGCAGGCCGGCUGCCCCUGCAGUGGCCUCUGGUGGUGAAAGCCUGAAGGUCCUGAAGCUGUCACUGCUGAGUCCACACCCUCUGAUGCAGGUUCCCAGUUAGUUAGUGGUGCUCUCCACUGCACAGAGAAGCGUCUCUCUUCAGAGCAAGACCUGUGCAGCCACAAUGCACUAACACUCACACAUACAUACAGUGCGCACACAUGUACACACACGGUGACAGCAAAUAAAAACAACAAUAACAAUAACAAUAAUAAGGAUUCUAAAAUAAAUGGAGAAUAUAAAGUGUAUAAUUCACUACUGAAAACAAUUGCUUUGAAGCAGCGUCUCCCUGUGUAGACCAGGCUGGCCUGGCGCUCACAGAGAUCCUCCUGCCUCCACUUCCUCAUCAUUAGGCUUAAAGGCGUUUGCCACCAUGCCUGACUGAUACUGGACUUUAAGCUCUUAUGCUGUGCUAUUAAAGUGUUAGAGCUUCAAAACUGACUGUUUCACCAAAUUAAUAGUAAUUUAGCGGCAUUAAGUAGACUGCCACUAUUAAAGAACCUGAGGUGUCACUGCAGGAGACCUGCAACAGCUAAUCACAGGAAACCGAACCCCAGGACUCGGUGUUUAGGGAAGUCAGUGUCAACUCUAAGAGGGCUCAAGACCUUGGCACAACUGACUCCAUGAUGGUGUCAUUCAGGCUGUAAAACUCAGCACACAGACAGCACCACCUGCCAAACGAAAGCAAGGACCUAAUCCAUCAAAGUCCGUAGUUCUGGGAAAGUCUCUAAAUGUACUAACCUUGCUUUUUGGCUUCUGUAGUUCUGUUUCUUGCUAGCUGCUCCUGUUAACUUAAGAAUGUCAACCCAGAACGUGGUUUUUGUGCUUAAAGCUCUCCCCGAUAAAGGGUCCUUGCUACAGUGGGAUCCUGAACACCCAGAAUAGUCACAGGCUAGCUAAUACAGCCUAUUAGCUAGCCUGUGACUAUGGGCUAAACACCACAUUUGGGGGUGUGGAGAGGACAAAGGAGAUACUGUGGUCAGGAUGUAAGUAAACAAUUUAAUUAAAAAAUGGAAUCUCAAGAAAUAAGGGGGAGAUAGUAAGACCCGGAGAGGAUAGGAGCUCCACAAGCAUAGCAACAGAACCCAAAUAUCUGGGCACAAUUAGAAAGGGGUCCUUCCUAAGAUUGAUACUCCAACCAAGGUUCAUUCAUGGAGAUAACCUAGAACCCCUGCUCAGAUGUAGCGAAGGGUAACAGGGACUGUUUUUGACAUGAACUCAGUGGCUAGCUCUUUGACUGCCUCCCCUGGAUGGGAGAGCAGCCUUGCCAGGCCACAGAGGAGGACAAUGCAGCCAGUUCAGAUGAGACUGGAUAAGCCAGGGUCAGAUGGAAGGGGAGGAGGACCUCCACUAUCAGUGGACUUGGAGA